CUCAGCCAAGCAGAAACAAACUGAUCUUGCAUAAUUUCUCAUCCACGCUUCUCCAAAAGGGCCUGUGGCACAGAGGGAGGAUCUCCGUGCUGGAAUUACCCCACCAAAACAAAUUGUGUUCUUUAAGAAAAAGGCCUCUCUUUGCUAGGGUACCAUCUGUGCAACUAUACCCUGACCAAAAAUGUGCUUAAAAUGGUUGCCUACCAAAAGUCCUAUGAGAGAAACACGUCCUGUGGAGGAUGGAUACCGUGGAUGGUGUGUCCCCGGACGUACUAUAAAACCCAGUAUCGUAGCAUUGAAGUCCCUGAAACCAUCACUCUCACAGAUUGCUGUGAGGGAUAUGAACAAGUUGGUCUCUACUGCUCUCUAGCACUCAACAGAUCCAGUGUGUUUGCCUCAAGACCUGGUAUUUGUCCAAUGGAGAAUAUGGAAACCUCUGAUUAUCCUUGCACGUUCGACGCUGAGUGUCCAGGGCUCAAAAAAUGCUGCAACUCAUCCAAAGGAGCAGGCUGCAUGGACCCAAUGCCAGAGGGAAGAACAUUCUGGUACAAUGUGACAGUGCUUGUGAAAAUGGAUUUUAAUGAAUUAAUCAGAGUGGAUUCCCACCUUCUGAAUCAUUCCCGCCUUUUGCACUCCAUGAUCACUGGUGCGUUGCAGCCCUUGAAUGCCUCUGUGCACCACAUCCAGAGCAAUCCUGCAGGGAUAUACGCCGGGACAGUGGCCUCCCAGGUUCUCCUUGGGCUGCACCAACCAGCUCUGCUGGCUGAGGUCUCUUCUUCCCUGGAUGAUGUGGUGAAACGCGUGUAUGAAGUGAUUGACACACAAGUGCAAGAUGUCAAUGAAUGUUCCUACCCUGAACUCAACGCCUGCCCCCAGAAAAGCACCUGUGUAAACCUGGAGGGUUAUUACAGCUGUGACCCUCCUGCCCAUGUCACCCCUCACCAGCUGAGCCGAAGGAAGGAAGGCAUUGCAGCAUCUACUUCAAGUUCAGCAGUAGAUGCCAUUAGUACCAGCAAUAGCUCUCCUUCUGUAAUGAAUUCAAGUCUUUUAUCCAUAACUAACCAAUCUGCAGAUGCUGGAUGCUAUCCUUCUGCAGUGACAAACCACCGAAUCUUCAGCGUUACCAGCAACAGUUUUGAAAUGUCCUGGCAUGUCACUUCUCCUCUGAACCACACUUUCCAAGUCCAAGUGUUCAAGGGCCAGGAGACUGUCCAAGACCUGAAGACAGAGGAAAUGAAAAUGGAUGUGUCUCAUCUGGAAGCAGGUGUGAUGUAUUCAGUCGAGGUCAGCUACGAAACCUGUGGAAAAACCAUCAUCUCCCGUCAAAGUGUCAAAACAGAGGCCCAGAUAUUUGAUGUUACUCUGAGGAUUCUCAACUACAACUUCACUGAUGAUUUCCAUAAUUCCAGCAGCUCAGCGUAUGAAGAAUUUUCAAGGCUGUUUCUUACAGAGCUUGAACAUUCAUUUCCACCUGACAUUUCUGCUUUACACAAAUCUGGGAAGCUGAAGUUGCAGAUUGAAUCCCUGCAGGCUGGAAGUGUCAUUGUGAGGCUCAGAAUCACUGUGCAGGAUCCUGAGUUUCCAGUCAAUGCCUCCUCAUUUGCCGUAGUGCUUUCCUACCUGCACAACAGUUCCAUGAUUUUGGUGGAUCAGCAAAACACCACAGUAGGAGACUGGGAUGAAUGUGCUUCUCACACCGAGAAUGACUGCUCUGUGUUUGCAGAGUGUAUCAAUUUGAUGGGCUCCUACAUGUGCAGAUGCAAGACAACCAUGGAUACCAAUCCAUCCAGACCUGGAAGGAACUGUGAGGGUGAGAUUGUGGAUCCUCUGGCUGAAACAAUGGCUCCUGAAACAAGAAACAGCACAGAGUAUGCUCCUGAAGAAGGAAGCCCUGCAGGCCUUGCAUCUCCUGCUGCCACUGAGACAGCGGCCUCUUCGCUGCCCCUGGGUGACAAACAAGUGUCCCACAGUCCCACCAGUGCUCCUUCAGCCCCUUGGAAAAAAGGUCUGGCAGCACAGGUGGGCUUUGACAGCCCCAAAGCCACGGGGACCACAACCAGCAAGGCACUUGCUGUGAGCACAGAGAGUCGGGCAGCCACAAGUCCAUGGCAGCAAAGCUCCCUGGAAAAGGCUUCUCCUGGAGCACCACAGCAAGAGGCUGCUCUCACAGACAUUCCCACGGGCACAGCCGGGCAGGAGCGACUCAGCUCCCCAUUGCUGGCAUUUCCAAAUCAAACAGCCUCUGCUACCACCAGAAUUCCUGGUGUGCUCCAGGCCAGCUCUCGAGGUGGCCCUGGCACAGCUCUGCUGGCCACAGGGAAUGCUGGUGUUCCCGCCCUCAACGCCACUCUCGGAGAAGAUGUGGAGGUGGGAAGAGAGAACAGCUCUUGGUCCCAGGAAUACACUGGAUCCCUGGGGUCUCCAGCUUUUCCAGGUGCCUCUGCAGCACCCAGCCUGAUGCCAGGCCCAGCCACGGAUCACACUGUCCAGAAGCUUAGUGGCACAGUUCGGAUAACAAAUGUGAAAUACUCCCCAGGCUUUAGCAAUACCAGCAGUGAGGAAUAUCAAACCUUUGCACAGCUCUUUGUUGAUGAAGUACAUAAAUCUCUACCCCUCGAUGUUCUUCAGCAGGUGGAUGCUGGUGUGAUUAAAGUGCUGAUAACAGGUAUUACCAAUGGCAGCACAGUGGUAGGUUUCAAUUUAGUGGUUGCAGAAGAUGUGGAUAUCCACUGUGUCAUCACCACUUUUCGGGAUGCCUUGGAACACAGCUCCUACUUCACCAUUGACAAGAGCAGCCUCUCCAUAAAGGAUUAUGAUGAAUGCACAAGCAAAGAGGGGACAGAAAAAAUAACAGAGAAGGUAACAGAAACACUUCCUAUCAGCCAGAAGGCAACAGUGACAGAUAAGAAACCUGUGCACAACACAGUUUUAUCUGUGACAUCUUUGCAAACUUCUUUCCCUGCUUCACUGGACUUCUCUGCUGAUGAGCACAAAGCUCUGGAGGACACCACAUUCUCCAGCACGGUGCUACCUCCUCUCACCAAGGAUCCCGUGUCAACUCCUGAUGUUUCUCCUCAAGCAUCUCCAGCCCCCCUUGCCAAACCUGCCCAGGAGGCUUCCAUUAAAGACGCAGUGAGUGUGUUCUGUGAAAUUGAGAAGAUCGUCCUGGCCAUCCAGAAGAGGUUUUUGCAGCAGGAGUCCAUCCCAGAAGCCUCCCUGUACCUUGGGGAGCCUCACUGCAAUGUGAGCAGGAGCAAUGGCACCCACGUUGUGCUGCAGGCAGGAUGGAGAGACUGCGGCACCGAGGUGGAGACUAACGUGACUAAUACUGUAGUGAAAACCAUCCUUCGGAACGACAUUCCUGCUCAGGGAAUAAUCCACCACUUAAAAGUUGCCAGUCCCAUUAGCUGUGUGUUUCAAAAUGAUGUCUUGGCUUCCUCUGGGUACACUGCAGAAGGACUUUACACCAUCUUUGAGGACUUACAUGGAUCUGGACACUUCAGAACACAAAUGCAGCUGUUUAUUGGGAACUCCCCAAUACCAAAGAACUUCAGUGUCUCUGCCAGUGAUGAUGUGCUGAUCGAAGUGGGGAUCCAGAGAGGGGACAGCAAGCUCAAGGUGGUCCUCACUGACUGCUGGGCAACUCCAACUAAUAAUUCAGUGGAUCCCCUCUCAUUUGUUUUUAUCAGCAACAGCUGUCCCAUCCCAAAUACAUACACCACACUGAUAGAGAAUGGGAACUCAAGCAAAGCCCAGUUUAAGAUGAAAAUUUUUUCCUUUGUCAACAAUUCUGUGGUUUACUUACACUGCAGAAUUCGUAUCUGUAUGGAGACACCAGGAAGAACCUGUAGGACAAAAUGCCACCCCAUGGUUCGGUUCCUGAAGGCUGGAGAAAUCAUUGCUACACAGAGAACAUCCUGGGGACCCCUGUGUAAAGCAGCUGCAUCUGAUUUGAAGAGGGAAAAGGAGGCUGGGAUGGGAGUUGGAUACAUCAUCCUCAUUGCCCUCACUGUGGUUGGAUUUGUGCUGGGAGUUGUGAGCCUUCUCAUUUUCCAGUACCAGCGAAAGAUGGGAAGAUACAACUUCAGAUUCAAGUCUGACAGCUUCAGCUACCAAGUGUUCUACGAUUAGAGAUCCUUGGGUUACCUUGUUGGGAUCAUGUUUCAUCAUGUGGAGAACUGAAGCUUGUCUUCACUCAACAUUUGGCUUUCAUUGCUCUUCUCAGUAGUGGACUGGAUGGGUCGCAACACUGACCCUUCCAAAUUCAUAUCCUACAUAAAGGGCUUCUAUAUCCUCUGGGGUUUUUUCCCUCUUUUUUUCUUAGCAAUCUGGCUCUUCCCUGGUGUCCUAAGAACUAUUAAUGACUACAGCUCCAGCUUCAAGUGAAUUUUGGCAGUUUUUUCCAUGGAUAAAAUAGAAGGGAAAAACCAAAGACCUCAUUAUUAAAAUUCCAAGAUUUAGCUCUCCCGCUGUGCCACGUCACUAUGUGCCCAUCUCAGCAUCACUUGUGCCCUUACUAUUGACAAGCUCCAUGUUUUUAUAAAUAUUCCAGGAAGUGAAUCAUCAAACCUGCAGAGAAAUCUCUUUUUCACUUUGUAAUUCACUGUUUACUUAAGGUGAGGUGGAAACUUGGAGCUGCAACAGCGUUGAAGACCUAAUUGUGCAACCUCUUAAGUAUACUGAGAACCUGGAGAACAAGCAUUGGAUUUGCCACCAAGUAAGGAAAAGGCACCGUGAAUCCGGGGCUUAACCUGCUCAGAGUGCUCUUCAGCACUCUGAUUUUGGGAUUUGAUGGUAAAUUCUGUAAUCAACAAGGACUCAGUGGAAAAAGAGAAGAGAAAAAAGAAACGAUUUUUCCUGCUGGCAGCCCAGAUAAAUCAAUUGGUACCUGUAUAUUCUGUCAAUUAGACCAUGAUGAUUGUGCAGUCAAGCCACAAGUGAGAGCAUUCCGAUUGCAACUGAAUAGUUUAUAUGUUUGAGCUGAGUUUUGCCUGGCUGCAAGACCAUUAUUGCUGCAGCAAAGGCUCAGUUUACACACUCUGUUGGGUACAACAACAGUUUGUUCAGCUGGAUAAACUGGAACAAAAGCCACUUCCACGCAGUAAGCAUCUCCUGCAGGAUUCUUUCCUGGAGUACUCUUCUCUGCUGCCCCAAAACUCCACUUCAGGGAGUGUGUUGGAAGAUGGAGAGGGAAAUGGUGUUGUAACUUGUCCCACCUCCCCUUUAUUCUGUUUGCUGCAUGUGCUCCUCCCACACAGUGACAGUCUGCUGUACCUGUUUAUAGUGAACAAACUAAUUCCUCCUCAAUACCAAUGGACAGCAUUAUAAAUAAUUCUUAGUGGAAAUUGGUCCUUAAUUCGAAGGCAUGAACACUUUUAGUAGCCACAGCACUUAGGUGCUGAUUAUUUGGUACAGAACAGAAUAGGAAAGUUGCUUUUCUAUCCCCCUAGUCCAAUUUCUGUUAGGUAAUAAGAUUAAUGGGGUAAAAGACUUCCACAUUUUGCAAAAGGUGAUACUAAUGGAUCUUAGAGGUUUGAUGUACACCUUUUAAAUACAUAAAUACAUUUCAGAGUUAGUCAUUUGCAUUGGGCUUUAGAUUCAGGUGAUUGUGUAAGGAGUAAAACACUUUGACUUAACUUGUCCUUGCUACCAUGCCAGAUCUUUAUAUAUAUAUAUAAAUAAUUUAGUUGUCAUUACUGAAACUAAAUUAUCUUUGCACUCUUAGAGUCUGAUGAACAUAGAAGCAUAGAAUGGUUUGGGUUGGAAGGGACCUUAAAGACCAUUUAGCUCCAAGUCCCUGCCAUGACCAGGGACAGCUUCCACUAGACCAGGCUGCUCAGAGCC